CACUGAAGCGCCCUGGCUCGGGAUCUACUGGUAGUGCUGGCAAUAGAGGAGAAAAAAAUCAACUGCUCCGAAAAAGAGGCAUUUUCUAUCGGUUGUAACGGUUCCUCAACGGAUAACGGUUCUAUCUGACGCCGGAUACGGAUAAUUGACAUAACUGGACUAACCGGAUUUAUGAGAAGAAGAUUAUUGCCUCAUCCUAGGACCCAUGGACUAAAUGGAUGUUAAACCCACCUUUCUCGCCAAGUUUACCACUCAUCAUAGUCCAAUCAUCAUAGUCCAAUCAUCAUAGUCCAAUCAUCAUAGUCCAAUCAUCAUAGUCCAAUCAUCAUAGUCCAAUCAUCAUAGUCCAAUCAUCAUAGUCCAAUCAUCAUAGUCCAAUCAUCAUAGUCCAAUCAUCAUAGUCCAAUCAUCAUAGUCCAAUCAUCAUAGUCCAAUCAUCAUAGUCCAAUCAUCCAGGAAAUGCAGGAUCUUUGAACAUGAACCAUCUGUUCCUCUCCUUCAGCUGAGACAGACUGCCAGUCAGUAACCACAUAGUGUAACACUCUCUGUAUCAGGGCACUGUAGUCCACAUCUAUUGGAGGAUCACUUAGUCUCAGUAUCUCACCUUUAACCCCUCACCCCCAGCCCUUGACCCUUAACCCCUGACCCCUAACCAUGUACGGCAGCUCCCGCUCCGUUGCCAAGAUGGAGGGCAACAACGGCAGCAGUCAGAGUCCCGGUCGCUCCCCCUGCCUACCCCGCUCCCCGCGCCUCGGCCACCGUCGCACCAACAGUACAGGAGGCCCCGGGGGAAAGACCCUCUCCAUGGAGAACAUCCAGUCUCUGAACGCGGCCUAUGCCACCUCCGGACCCAUGUACCUCAGUGACAACGAGGUCAUCUCUCAACAGACCCAGGCCUAUCCCAACCCCAACCACGACCCUAGCCUGCCCAAGAGCACCAUGACCCUGGGUCGCUCCGGAGCAAAGCUCCCUUACGGCGUCCGGACAACCGCCAUGGGCUCCAACCCCAACAUCAGCCAGGGAGGUGGAGGCUCGUCCAUGCCCAGUGACAGCAUCGCGUUUGGGUGUGACCAAGUGUCCUCGUCCCAGUCCAGCCUCCAGCAGGCGUCCACGGUGCCUCACUCCUUACGCCAAACCAGAGACAACACCAUCAUGGACCUCCAGACCCAGCUGAAGGAGGUGCUGAGGGAGAACGAGCUCCUCCGGGGGGAGGUGGAUGUGAAGGAGAGCAAGCUGAGCUCUUCCAUGAACUCCAUCAAGACCUUCUGGAGCCCCGAGCUGAAGAAGGAGAGAGCCCUGAGGAAGGACGAGGUGUCCAAGAUCUCUGUCUGGAAGGAGCAGUACAGAGUGGUACAGGACGAGACUCAGCACCUCCAGAUGACAGUGCAGGCCCUGCAGGAUGAGCUGAGGACUCAGAGAGAUCUGAAUCAGUUGUUCCAGCAGGACUGUAGUGGAGGGAGACCUGGAGAACCUCUGUCAUUCGAACCCACUGAGGAGAACUUCCACAGGCUCCAAGCUGAACACCAGAGACAGGCCAAAGAGUUGUUCCUCCUGAGGAAGACGCUGGAGGAGAUGGAGUUGAGGAUCGACAGUCAGAAACAGACCCUGGGGGCCAGAGACCAGUCCAUCAAGAAACUACUGGAGAUGCUGCAGAGCAAAGGUCUGUCAGCCAAGGCCUCAGAGGAAGACCAUGAGAGGACCAGGAGACUGGCUGAGGCUGAGAUGCACAUCCACCACCUAGACAGUCUACUGGAACAGAAAGACAAGGAGACCAACGCCCUACGAGAGGAGCUGCACCGACGGAGCUAUGAAGGAGCCCCUGAAUCAGCCAAGACCAAGGCCCUGCAGACCGUCAUCGAGAUGAAGGACUCUAAGGUCCAGUCUCUGGAGCGAGGUCUGAGGGACCUGGAGGAAGAGAUUGAGAUGUUAAAGUCUAACGGGGCUCUGAGCACUGAGGAGAGAGAGGAGGAGAUGAAACAAAUGGAGGUGUACAGAUCCCACUCCAAGUUCAUGAAGAACAAGGUAGAGCAGCUGAAGGAGGAGCUGUCUCAGAGAGAGGUCCAGGGGGAGGAGCUUAAGCAGAAGGCUGCCGACCUGCAGGAGGAAGUGUCUGCCAUUGACCAGGUAAAGCAGGACCUCAGCAGGAAGGAGACAGAGCUGAUGGGGAUGAGGACCAAGCUGGAGACUCUCACCAACCAGUUCUCAGACAGCAAACAGCACAUCGAGGUCCUCAAGGAGUCACUGACCGCUAAGGAACAGCGCUCUACUAUCAUUCAGACAGAGGUGGAUGCUCUGCGUCUGCGUCUGGAAGAGAAAGACUCCCAGCUGAAUAAGAAGUCGAACCAGAUCCAGGAGACGUCUGAGGAGAAGGGGACGCUCAGCAGAGAGGUACACGACCUCAAGGACAUGCUGGAGGUCAAGGAGCGCAAGGUCAACGUCCUGCAGAAGAAGAUUGAGAAUCUACAGGAGCAGCUGAGAGACAAGGAGAAACAGAUGAGUAGUCUGAAGGACAGAGUCAGGUCUCUCCAGACAGACACCUCCAACACUGACACAGCUCUCACCACCCUGGAGGAAGCACUGGCUGAGAAGGAGCGUAUCAUUGAGCGUCUGAAGGAGCAGAGAGACAGAGACGACAGAGAGAAGACAGAAGACAUCGAGUCCAACAAGAAAGAACUGAAGGAGCUCAGAGAGAAACUCAGUUUACUGCAGGGAGACCUGUCUGACCGAGAGACCAACCUGUUAGACCUUAAGGAACAUGCUUCGUCCCUGGUCUCCUCCGGUCUGAAGAAGGACUCUAAACUGAAGAGUCUGGAGAUGUCGCUGGAACAGAGGAAAGACGAGUUCAUCAAGAUGGAGAAACAACUCAAGAAGGCCCAGAAUGCCAUGCUGGAGGCCCAGGCCAACACGGAGCUGUCAGAACGCAUCGUUACUCUGGAACAGGAAGUGACUCGGCACAGAGAGGAUUCUGGGAAGGCCCAGGUGGAGGUGGACCGAUUGCUGGAGAUCCUCAGAGAGAUGGAGAAUGAGAAAAACGACAAGGACAAGAAAAUCAAUGAACUGGAGAAUUUUGCUUCAAGACAGGUGAAGGACCAGACUAAGACGGUGGCCCACCUGAAACAUAAGGAGCAGGUGGAGAAGAGUAAGAACGCCCAGCUGGUGCAGGAGGUCAGGAAGAGAGAGGACAACCUCAAUGAGAGCUCUCAACACGUCAAGGACUCCCUGCGCCAGAAGGAGGAGCGAAUAGAGGAGCUGGAGGAGGCUCUGAGAGAGAGUGUCCAGAUCACAGCAGAGAGAGAGAUGGUUCUGGCUCAGGAGGAAGCUGCUCGCACACACACUGAGAAACAGAUGGAGGAGCUGCUUGCGGCCAUGGGGAAGGUGAAACUGGAGCUGGAGUCCAUGCAGGCCAAGCUGUCCUCUACCCAGCAGUCAUUGGCUGAGAAGGAGGCCCACCUGACCACACUGAGGGCAGAACGCAGGAAACACCUGGAGGAGGUGCUGGAGAUGAAGUAAGAGAGAUAAUAUAUAUACACCUGAUCACGCUGAGGGUAGACAGACACGCCCUUUUAUUCAUGAGGUCCCGCCGUGGACUGCUUCAUUUUAGAUAAGAAUAUUGAAGUUAUUUAUUGUGUUGAUUCCAUCGUUAACUUCU